AUGGAAGAGGAGAAAUAUUUGCCUGAGCUGAUGGCAGAGAAAGAUAGCCUGGAUCCAUCUUUUGUGCACGCAUCGCGCCUUUUGGCGGAAGAAAUUGAAAAAUUUCAAGGUUCUGAUGGAAAAAAGGAAGAUGAAGAAAAGAAAUAUCUUGAUGUCAUCAGCAACAAAAACAUAAAGCUCUCAGAAAGAGUAUUGAUCCCUGUCAAACAAUAUCCAAAGUUCAAUUUUGUGGGGAAAUUGCUUGGACCAAGAGGAAACUCCUUGAAGAGGCUACAGGAAGAAACAGGUGCUAAAAUGUCUAUCCUGGGCAAAGGAUCAAUGAGAGAUAAAGCCAAGGAAGAAGAACUAAGGAAGAGUGGGGAAGCCAAAUAUGCUCACUUGAGUGAUGAACUUCAUGUAUUAAUUGAAGUGUUUGCUCCGCCUGGGGAAGCUUAUUCACGUAUGAGUCAUGCAUUAGAAGAGAUUAAAAAAUUCCUGGUUCCCGAUUAUAAUGAUGAAAUUCGUCAGGAACAACUUCGUGAAUUAUCUUACUUAAAUGGCUCAGAGGACUCUGGUCGCGGCAGAGGUAUUAGAGGAAGAGGGAUCAGGAUAGCUACCACGGCUCCUUCAAGGGGUCGUGGGGGUGCCAUUCCUCCUCCCCCACCACCUGGAAGAGGUGUUCUCACCCCACGAGGGACCACAGUGACCCGUGGAGCUCUUCCAGUGCCCCCUGUAGCGAGAGGUGUUCCUACCCCAAGAGCUCGGGGGGCACCAACAGUGCCAGGAUACAGGGCACCUCCUCCUCCAGCCCAUGAGGCUUAUGAAGAAUAUGGAUAUGAUGAUGGCUAUGGGGGUGAAUAUGACGACCAGACCUAUGAGGCUUAUAAUAACAGCUAUGCGACCCAAACACAAAGUGUACCUGAAUACUAUGACUACGGUCAUGGAGUAAGUGAGGAUGCCUAUGACAGCUACGCACCAGAAGAAUGGGCCACGACCCGCUCCAGCCUGAAGGCACCACCACCAAGGUCAGCCAGAGGGGGAUACAGGGAGCACCCCUAUGGUAGAUAUUGAAGGUCUUCCUCACCAGUGACCUCACCUCAAAGACA